AUGGAUAAGAAGAAGGUGACCGUGCCUCUGGUGUGCCAUGGACAUUCCCGUCCUGUUGUGGACCUCUUCUACAGCCCCAUCACGCCUGAUGGAUUCUUUCUCAUUAGCGCUAGCAAGGGUAAGUGAUUACCGCGUCAAAAUUAAAUUCUUUGUGUACGUCGGAAUUGCCUGAUUUAGAAACUAGCCCCUAGCAGCUUUCAACCUAAUACGUAGGUAAUCGGACACCAUUCUGAUCUUCAUUGUAUUUGUCCAUCUCCUCCUCAAAAAACUUAUCUCUCUUUUAUAUGGCCUGAUGCUAUGUUUCGUCGGUAUUUGGAUGGCUGGGUUGUACACCUUAUAAGAUAUUUUUCUCCCGUCCUCUAAUCUUCGAGAAUGCCGAUCAGCUUAUGAUGGCAUCCCGCCUUAAGUUUGACCUCAAGUGGGUGGGAAGCCUUGUCUGUCUGUUUGGUAAAAAAUCCGCCAAUUGUUAAUCAAGGACUUAGAAUAAAUGGUAAAUUUUGUGAUAUUUGACAUACAUCACUAGAGUUGAGUGGUCUGCGAUUCAUUACCGCGCUACAAUUUUUUUUGCAGAUUCAAGUCCCAUGUUGAGGAAUGGAGAAACAGGCGAUUGGAUUGGAACGUUUGAGGGGCACAAAGGUGCAGUAUGGAGUUGCUGUCUAGAUAGGAAUGCUUUACGUGCUGCUUCUGGCUCAGCAGAUUUUACAGCGUAUGUAGCCCUUUUCCUUCUUUUUUUGUUGCUAUUUCUGCCAUCUUCAAAUCGUGUCUAUAUGCAGACAUAAAUAUUUACAUUCACUCGAAGUAUAUGAUUGCCUGAAAGAUUCGUUGUAUUGCAUAGAAUCCUGAUUGAAUGUAGUGCGAUGCUAGUAAGUCGGAAUUGAAUGUUGAUACAAGAAUAAAUUCUUCACAAAAGAAACAAAAUGGAAAGGCUGUAAAAGCUGGAUGAAGAGAGUGGGCAGUGAAAGGUCAAUUUAGUUCAGAGAAAUGCUUAGAACAUUGUUGGGCCGGUUUUCGCUGUUUAAGUCGUUUAUUCUUUGGUGGAUCCAUGCCAUCGAAAUAUAUGAAAAUUUGGAUGGCCUGUUCGACAGAGUGCCUUUUUGGCUUCCAUGGAGACCUGUCCCUAGAUAGCACGCUCUGUCUGCAUUCUUUCUUUUCUCUAAGGUUCACACUUAUGAGUUUGGACUGUUGCAAUUUUGAGAUUACUUUUGAGGACUGCAUGUUCUCGCAUUGCAUUCUGGGAGUUUUUUAUUAUUGAAGAAUAUCCUCUCCAAAGAAAGUUUCAAAACUCUGGGAUCGUCUUCCACAAGGAAAAAUAAGAAAAACUCCAUCCUUAUUCCUUCGAAGAGACCCUAUAAAGGAAUAUGUUCAUGUUAAUGAUGAUGGCACCAGCUUCGUUAAAACAGAGAUCCUAGUGAAAUGACACUCCUCUAGAAUCCCCGUCUAAAGCUUUCUAACCUGUAGACACUUUGAACCUACGAAGAUACCUUUCUCUUUCACACGUGAUUUGUCCUAGAGCGAACAGGGGAAUCAGUGGGACGUUCCAAUUUGUCGAUGCUAAUUUCCUCAUCAUCCCCAAAUUCUACCCACGGACGUUCCAAUUUCCAGCACGCAGAACAAUCAGGAAAGGAAUUUAUAUAUCAUUUUCAAGUUGGAUAUGGUAGUUUAGGUUCCUUGUAUUCAUCAUUUCCAAUAAUUUCAAUAUUUUUCUCUGUAUGAACGUGGAACAAUCACAGAGUACUAAAUAUGUCCUUCCAUGAUAUUCUUUUGGAUCGUCAUUUCUCUUUCACUCAUUAAUUUGCAGAAAGAUUUGGGAUGCACUAACUGGCGACGAACUUCAUUCUUUUGAACACAAGCACAUCGUUCGUGCAUGCGCCUUUUCUGAGGUAAAUGCAAUUUUCAUCCGUAGAUACUCUCUUCCAAUGUUGUGAAUUUGUUGGGUUUUUUUUUUGGUGUUUACUUUGAGCAUUUUAUUUUUAAAUUAAUUAAAGAUGACCACCAGCUUCUGAGCUGCACUGUGCGCCCUAAGAUGGUUCAGUUUUUCUUAGAGAUAUUUUCGGAGGGCAAAUAGUUUUUGAUUGAGCUGGGUUUUGUCGGCUUGCCAUCCGCUUGAUAAAUAAUACUCAAAUUCGCGAGAACAUGCGUACCUGUUUCACUCGUUCACAAAGUACCGUGAAGGGACACUUGCAUAAAGAUUUACAGGUAAGGUUGAUGACCUAUAAUGUAUGAUCUUUUAUGGAAAUGAAUGUGACGUUGAAUAAUCCCCAAUUUGAAUAGUAGAUAUCGGUGACAUCUCGGAUGGUGAUUUAGGUACCUUUUUGAGUUAUUUAGAUGGAAAAAAUUGGCAGGCUUGAUGAGAGGAGAGAUUAUGGAAUUGAUGAGAAUGUGGGAAGCCCUUACAUCUCUUCGAAUGGUCAUGACAUUUUGCGAUGAACAAAGUGGGGAAUUUUCCCAUACUUCCAUGUCUGGUGCAUUCUGUUGCAUUUUGGGGGUGUCUAGCUUGGGUUUUCUGUGGAAGGGUGGUGUAUUAGUUCUUCUUGAUGCAUAUCACACAAUUCUAUGUAGAUGGUCAGAUCUUCUUAGACCACGUUUUCAACUCGAUGCAGGAUACGCAUUUAUUGCUGACUGGAGGAAUUGAGAAGGUUCUACGUAUCUUUGACCUGAAUCGCCCAGAUGCUCCUCCGAGGGAUGUUGACAAGUCACCUGGUUCCAUCAGAACUGCAGCCUGGCUUCACAGUGAUCAGACGAUUCUUAGUUCUUGCACUGAUAUGGGGGGUGUUAGGUAUGGAUUUGUUGAUGCCACCUAUUUUUCGUUUUUCUAAUGGUAUUUUACCCGUGAAAGGCGACUGGCGAAGUUAAAUAAAUUAUGACAUGUAUUAAUUUAUCCCUUCUGCUACUCAGAAAUUCAUUUUUCUGUUGUAAAUCCUUUGCCCAAUUUUUUAAAAUGAGUAAAUUCCACAAAUAACUCGAAUUUAUUUAUUUAUUUCGAAUUACCGAAGUUAUUUUUGUUUGUUAGUUUCGUUCAAAUGGGCUGUUUAUUUAAUGGCGCGGUCAUCCCUGUACAUUAUGCCACGCAGUAUAUAUCCGGUGAGCUUGUUAACUACAAGAAUCGAUGAUCAUCGUAGUGUGAUGUGGGAGCAUCUGGGAUGCCAUCAAUUAAGAUUGAAAGGGAAACAAAGAUGGAUACUGAUUCUCUUGCAUCACCUUGCGAUAUCUUCUCCUUACUACCACCCUCAGAGGAUUGGCCUUAUUUUUUCUUUGGAUUCUCGUCUAUCGUCCGUUUGAACUUUGAAUAGGGGAACUUGCUAGUUGAAUGCCGAGGAUUUUUCUGAUUUGUGUGGAUCAGCUUGCAGAAACCUUCCGUGAAAAUCUUGGCUGACCCAGAGUUUUAUCAGAACUCGGAAGGUGCAAAAAUUGCAUCUUGUCCUUUCCCAGCUAGCACAAUUUCUCAGAUUUAUACAAGUGCACGCCCCGAUUCUUCUUGAAGGGCCUCGUUCCGUUUUAGAAACUGUUGAAAUUGUGCUCAUUUUAUUGCAGUUCGCAUUGAUCUACUGUGAAUUCUGAACUGGUUUUUUUUUUUUUUUCUUGUUCUGGAUGAAUAAUGGGACGAACAGGUUGUGGGACGUCAGAAGUGGAAAUAUCAUCCGAACCCUAGAGACCAAGUCCCCUGUGACCAGCGCCGAAGUGAGCCAGGAUGGUCGAUACAUCACGACCGCCGAUGGUUCCACUGUGAAAUUUUGGGACGCGAAUCAGUGAGUAAUCCUCUUUCUCUCCGGCGUCAACCCAUUUCAAGCUUCACCUUGGUCGCUCUGACAGCGGCGGCGCUGCCUGUUCCCUGCAGUUUUGGGCUGGUGAAGAGCUACAGCAUGCCUUGCACCGUGGAGUCGGCCUCGCUGGAGCCGAUGUUCGGCAACAAGUUCAUCGCCGGCGGAGAAGACAUGUGGGUCCACGUGUUUGACUUCCAGACCGGCGAAGAGACCAGUAAGUUUGAAUUCCCGAGCUCUUCUCGCGAGGAAGAGGUUCCCGUCUGAAUCUCCCGUCCUGAUUGAUCGAUGAUCUGUGUGCGUUGUCAGCCUGCAACAAGGGCCACCACGGGCCGGUACACUGCGUGCGCUUCUCCCCUGGCGGCGAGUCCUACGCCUCCGGCUCCGAGGACGGGACGAUCAGGAUCUGGCAGACCAGUCCGGUGGACGACCUGGAGGGGCUUCCUCAGAAUGGAGUUGCAGCUGCUGCCGCCAAGAGCAAGGCGGGGGUCAACGACCUCGGGAGGAAGGUCAUCGGCCUGCAGAUCACCAAGGACCGCCCCGAGGAGGAAGGAGACCGCACCGGCAGCUGA